AAUUUGUAAGGAUUAUUAAAUUUUCUUCUUCAUAGAAAUAAAUUUUCUUAAAAAAAAGGUUUAUUUUAGGACCUAAAAAGCUCAAAAAUUUCUCAAAAGAAAAAAAAAGCUCAAAAUUAUCUCCAAUGGCGGACAUGGAAGCAUAGCAGAGCUAUAGCUUAGUAUUAUUUCUCAGCUAAUCUUUCUCAAGAUGAAAACUUUUUCCCCUUCUUUCACAACAAACACUCAUCUUCGACUAUUAUUGCCUCCAAUUUGUAGAUUCAAUUCCUCGUGGCCAACACAAAGUUCGAUUACUCUUCUCCGAUCUAGCUUCUGCAAUUCCAUAUCUCUGAGCUCGAAUUUCAAGCCCUACCGGUUGUUGGUGUUCUCUGCUCCGAGUUCCUCUCAAUCGACAUCGGAGGGUUCGAGUGAAGAGCUUGAUGGAGUUAAGAACGAAGGAGCUGAAAUUGAAUGGCGUGUGGAAGUGGGAAACCCUAGACUUUCGAUUCCAUCGAUGGGGAAAUUGAGCUUGAGUGAUCAGGCUUUCUUUCUUCUUGUUUUCAUUGCUUGCACGACUUCUAUGGCAUUUAUAAGCCUUGUAGCUGCAGCUGUUCCAACUCUGUAUGCGAUGGGGCGGGCUGCAACAGCUCUUUCAAAGCUAGCAGAUACAGCUCGUGAGGAACUCCCUAGCACAAUGGCAGCGGUUAGGCUCUCGGGCAUGGAAAUCAGCGAUCUUACAUUGGAAUUAAGUGAUCUUAGUCAAGAAAUAUCUGAUGGAGUCACUAAGUCUACUCAAGCAGUACAAGCAGCAGAAGCUGGAAUUCGACAGAUUGGGGUGCUUGCUCGGCAACAGACUAUGUCGAUGAUUCAAGAAAGAGCGAGUCUGCCUAUAAUAUCUUUACAACCAGUGGUUGUUGGUGCUGCUAAGAAGACUUCUCGUGUUGUUGGCCGAGCUACAAAAUCCUUAAUGAAUAUGAUCUCGGGAGGGAAUAACUCCGAGGCUCAAGAAGAAGAAGAAGAAGAUGACAGCCGAGUUGCUACUACAGAUUCAUAGGACCUUUUUGUGGUCUUUUCGAAAACUAUUAGAGCUGAAGAUUCUUAGAAACUCUCUUCAUAAUCUUCAUAUCCAACUUUGAUUUCUGUUUAUUAUUUAAAAAAUUAAGUUGGAGAUGAAGGCAAUUCAUGGUGUUUGAAUCAUAAAUUAUGCUCUUUGUAGUUGUACAUAUACAUCAUAAUGUAAAGACUAGUAAGUUAUCAAAUGUUGAAAUUUGUUAUAUGACUAAUAAUAUCCAAAAAAACCCAAAUAAAGUUCAUCAAUUAUAUUAAAA